CCGUUCUUCGGUCACCGUCGCCGCAUAGCAGCAUAGUGUCUAUGAAGUUAUUGAGUCAUUUGUGGUGACUUUUACAUGACGUAAAAUUUUUGACAUGUUUGUAUUCAUAACGGGUUAAAAUUGUUGGGUCAUCAGAGGCAACUGGACUUGCAGAAUGCUGGGAAUAUACACAGGAAGGAAGGAAGGGAGACUUCUGGCCAUUUGGAAAGGGCAAGGUUUGAGCAGCAGGGAAGAAGAUAGCAACUAGAUAGGGAGAUGGUCGCCGAGCCGUCGCGAGCAGCGAGCAACUCAAAGGGAAUCGUAAACUGAGACAAAGACAGGAAAAAGGAGCGAUGCUGUCGCUGACGGCGGCGUGCAACGUGAAGACCAAAUGGCUGGAGCACCUGAACUGCGUGUGGGCGGCGGAGGGCUGCGACUCGGUGGCGACGCGCGAGGGGGCGGGCGCGCUGUACGAGCGCCUGCUGGCGAGCAAGGAGGUGUCGCCGGCCGCCGGGGGCGAGGCGCCGGGCCCCGGGCAGGGCUCCCCGGCGCCGCCGGACUACGAGGGGGACGCGCCCUCGCCCGAGGAGCUGGAGCACCUGGUGACUGCGCUGCUGUCGGCGCAGCUGGAGCUGGCGCGCGGGUUCUGCGCCGAGGCGCCCUUCUCGCUGGUGCUGCGCCAGAGGCUGCUCGUGCUGCACCGCGUGUUCCACGCCGUCGCCGCCAAGCACCACGACAAGGACGAGGCGAAGUCCCAGGCGGCGGGCGGCGGGGAGCAGCGGGCGGAGGCGGCAGGGCAGGGCGCGGAGCGGGCCCCCUCGUCGUCCCAGACGCUGGUGGAGAUGGGCGUGCGGACGGGGCUCAGCCUGCUGUUCGCGCUGCUGCGGCAGAGCUGGCACCGGCAGCCGGCCGUCAGCCCGGACGUCAGCUCUCCAGGUGGAGACAUUCCCAACCUGUGCAACGAAGUGCUGACGACAGCAGCCCAGGUGGUUAGGAACUUCCCGCCGCUGUCCCUGGCAAAUGAGAACCAGCUGACUUCUCUCGGGGCGCAGACGCUUCAGGAGGUCACAAGUUUCCUCCGCAGCGCGGCGUUGCCAACUUCCGGGGCGGACACCCAAGGCCAGAUGCUGUGCGCGGAGCUGCUCCUAGAGCUGGCGCUGCAGCGCGGCGCGCUGUGCCACCUGCUGGACUGGGUCGACAUGGCGCUGCGGGCGUCCGAGGGCGAGCGUCCCGGCCGCCUCACGGCCGACGCCUUCCUGCGCGCCCUGCGGCAGACCAGCGCGGCGGGCGCGGGGGCCGCACGCCCCUGCUGCUCCCCGCUGGAGCCCGACGCGCGCGGCCUCGUGCCGCUGUACCGCGCCGCCAUCUGCCUCAUGGAGGAGCUGGCGGACCUGGCGAGUGCGCACGCGCGGCUGUGCCCCGCGCCGGGGGACAGCCACGGGGAGCCGGGGAGCCCCGGGGCCGCGACGGACUGCGAGGUGUACGUCUGCGGCAGCAACUCGUCCCACCAGGUGGCCGAGGAGAGCCAGGAGAAGAUCCUGGUGCCGCGGCUGGCCCGCGCCUUCAGCAACGUGCAGCAGGUGGAGGCGGGCCAGUACUGCACGUUCGUGAUCCACGGCGACGGCUCGCUGAGCGCGUGCGGGAAGGGCAGCUACGGCCGCCUGGGGCUGGGCGACUCCAACAACCAGGCGCAGCCCAAGCGCGUGCCCGUCUCGGGCGUCGUCAAGAAGGUGUCGUCCUCCAAGGGCAGCGACGGGCACACGCUCGCCCUCACCGCCGAGGGCAAGGUCUACAGCUGGGGGGACGGGGACUACGGGAAGCUCGGCCACGGCAACUCCACCACGCAGAAGCAGCCGCGGCUGGUGGGGGGAGCGCUGUCGCGCAAGGAGGUCAAGUUCGUGUACGCGGGCUACCGUCACAGCGCGGCCAUCACCAACGAGGGCGAGCUCUACACCUGGGGGGAGGGCGAGCACGGCCGCCUGGGCCACGGGGACUACAACGGGCGCAACACGCCCACGCUGGUGCGGGACCUGGCGGGCGUCGGCUCGGUGGCCUGCGGCAGCGCCCACACCAUCGCGCUCUCCGAGGACGGCAAGACGGUGUGGUCGUUCGGGUCGGGCGACAACGGCAAGCUGGGCCACGGGGACACCCUGAAGGUGUCGCGCCCCAAGGUCGUGGAGGCCCUCCAGGGCACGACGGUCCGCAAGGUCGCGGCCGGGAGCCAGUUCUCGCUGGCCCUCACUUCCGGCGGCCAGGUGUACACGUGGGGGUUCGGGGCGUGCCUGGGCGCGCCGGCCGGCGAGACGACCUCGCUGCUGCCCCAGGCGGUGGAGGAGCUGGGCGCGGCGCGCGUCAUCGACGUGGCGGUGGGCGACACGCACGUGCUGGCGCUGGCGCAGGACGGCGACGUGUACGCCUGGGGCAACAACUCCAUGGGCCAGUGCGGGCAGGGCCACUCGACCAGCCCCGUGACGCGGCCGCGCAGGGUGCUGGGGCUGGCCGGCGCGCACAUCAACCAGGUGUCCGCCGGCACCUCGCACAGCGUCUUCUGGACGGCGCUGCCCGCCGACAGGCAGGUGGUGAUGUGGCAGCGGCCGUUCUGCGUGGAGCUCCAGGAGACCACCUUCGCCGUGAUGAAGCAGUUCCUGCAGAAGUACUGCUCCGCCUUCCAGGAGCAGAGUGCACCCCCGCCGCCCUUCCCCACCCCCGCGGAACACCACAAGUUCGUGCUGCUGUGCUUGAAGCUGUUGAGCGCGCACCUCUCGCUGGCGCAGAGCGGGGGGCUGACGCCGUCCGUGCUGGGUGCCCAGGCCACGCCGCUGAGACACCUUCUCUUCAGGAUGAUGGACAUGCCCACGCCGCCCGGCAUCAGGGCGGCGGUGAACGACACGCUCACGCUGGGCGCGCCCAUGCUGCUGCCGCCCCUCAGGGAGCGCAUGGAGCUGCUCCACGCCCUGCUGCCCGAGGUGUCGCGCCUCUCCAGUGGACAGAAGAUGCUGGUGAACAUCAUCCUGAUGAGCCUGGAGGACCACGGCCACGUGUCGGCGCUGCUGGGCUACUCGAGCUGCCAGGAUGCCGACAGCCGGCUGGGGCCCCGAGACCUCUGCCUCACUCGCGUGCUCAUGAACACCCUGCUGCAGAACCUCAGCCUGCACACGGACCAGUGCCUCAGCGAGCUGGAGAAGAACAUGGACAUGGGCAUGGUGGAGGUGGUGGAGAUCAUCAACCCAGUGAACCACCUGCACGAGCUCCUCUCGUCGCUCCAGACGCACCUGCUGGCCUUCUGCAGCACGCACGUGCAAGAUGGCUCCCCUGCGUUGAGCUGGAGUGUCGACACCCUGCAGAACCACCUCUGCAUGCUUCUCCCGCUGGCCACGGGAAUCUUCGAGAAGGCGGCCCGCAUCGCACGUAAUCAUCCUGGCUCGCUGAAUCAGCUGCACGACGUCUUGCAGGAGUCGCUGGCCGGCUUCAUGCUCGCCAAGGUGGCGUACUCGCUGCUGCUGCUCCCCAUCUCCUGGUUCGAGUUCGUGCUGUUCUCGCCGCUGCUCGGCGUGCUCAGCUCGCUCGACGAGCUCAGCCGGCACCUGCCGCCGGGCGCCGUCGCCGACGCCAGCGAGGCCUCGUCCGAGGCCAACACCCCGACGCCCGGCGAGGCGGCGGAGCAGUGCUGGGUGUGGCUGGUGGACGUGGAGCGCGCAUGCGGCCUGCUGGUGGGCAAGGUGCUGGGGGACAUGCUGGCGGGACGGCCCCUGGACGAGCCCGAGGUCGCCGUCCAGCCCUGGCUCCAGGAGCCGCUCUUCUCCAGCGGCCUGGAGGACUUCGACUGGGCCCGGAAAGUCAAUUUUAUACCUGAAGAAAUAACUUUUUCAUCUGCCAUAAGACUUGUGGAUACGUUCAAAUCAUCGUCCCUUCCAGAGACCACCAUCAAGUUGUUGGAGCUGGCAUUUCCAACAUCUCAUGAUAAUGAUGCGGAGUACGAGGAGCUGGUGGAGCACGCUCGGUCGUGCGGCUGGGAGCUGCGAGAGGGAGCGGCCGGCCGGCAGGUGGAGGUGGUGACCCGCGCCACCGUCGUCGCCCUGCUCAAGUUCACGGGCCUCGCCCAGCCGUGCCACGCCGGCCAGUUCUCAAAGUACUACAGCGACAUGCGUGACGUCUACCACCUGGCGCACCAAGUGCGGCAGAAGCUGCUGAUGUGCGGCAAGGACGGCGACGACAAGAAAGCUUCCACGCCCGCCAAGUUGGAGAUGGCGCUGAAGAAACGCCGCGCCGUCUUGGAGCCAUCCGACGACCCACUUUCCGAAGAGACAGAUGAAAGUGACAUGGAGGAAGAGAGCAGCACUCCUUUUUCUACGAGUUGUGACGAUGUCUGUGGCACGAUCCUGCUUCACCUACUUUUUCUACUCGUAGCAGUCAGAAGUCCGCCAGACCAAGAGUUUGUUACCUGUCCAGAAUUUACGAGGUUCCAGAUGGGGUCGGCUGUGGUCCGCUACAUCGGUGUGAAGCUGCCCAGCCGAGGCCGUACGGCACAGAGCGCCACGGACGCAUGCAGAUACGCUUCUCCCAGUGCCUUGUGCAGUGCCAUGAAGGCCCAGUGCCGGCGGGCUGAGUUAAGACUGACUGCGUUCAACCAGAUACUGCAGCUGUUAUGUCGCGGUGACUACAACGGCGAAGAGGACCAGAGUCUUCCAGACUCGACACUACUUUGCUGUGUGCACCAGCAGCUGCUGGCCGGGUUCUUCGGCCUGGACAUCCUGUCGACGGGCGACGGGCGCAGCGUCCAGCUUCUCCACUACCUGCACGCGGUCAGGACCACCCCGCGGGCGGUCAAGGGCGACAUCCAGGCGGCCGUGCACAGCAUAUACUCCUUCCUGGUCGGGUCGCUGGUGAGGCGUUGCCGCCAGCAGGAGGCGUCCGAGGCGGGCGGAGUGGACCAACUGCAGGUGCUCACGGUGUUUGCGCUGAGCGUGCGCUACCACCCGGCCGACCUGGCGCUGGUGGUGAGGCGAGGGCUGCUCCCGGCCCUGUCCUCGCUGUGCGCCAGCGGCGGGAACGCAGCCAGCUCCGUGCUGCCCUGCGACCGCGCCUGCCGCGCGUCCGUGCUGGGGCAGGCCGCCAUGCGGCUGCUGCACAUCCUUGCGAUGUCCUGCGGGCUGUUCGCCGGCAGGGUGGAGGAGCCGGUGGUGCGGGGCGUGGUGGGGGUGAUGCUGGCGCAACUCCACCGCCUCCUGGCGCAGGCGUCGCGCGCGCCGGACGCGUCGCGCUGGUCCGGCGCGCACGAGCUGCGCGCGGCCGAGCACGCGCUGGGGGACUUCCUGGUGUUUGUGCGCCGCGUGGCGUCCAGCCCCGGGGCGCGGCGCUUGCUGGGCGGGCAGGAGUGGGCCAGCGCCCUGCUGGCGGUGACGGGCCCGCGCGGGGAGGGGGACGACUCCGCCCCCGGGCUGCCGCUGGUGCAGGCGCUGCGGCCGCGCCUCCUGGCGCUGCAGCUGCUGGCGACGGUGCUGCCCGGCGGCGACGAGCUGCGGGAGCAGGUGGUGCGGGAGCUGUUCCGCCAGCUGGCCGCCAGCAUGUGGGCCACGCCCCAGGCCGUGGCGGAGCGCCAGGCGCAGCAGAAGCAGCGGCAGCUCAAGAGAACCCUCUACAAGCUCAACAGCCCAGGUGACGUGUGGCUGGACAGCGAGGUGUGCGAGGAGAACGUGCCCGUCCAGUACCUGGGCUUCGACAUCAACAAGUGCGAGAACUGCACCAUCGAGAACGGGCAGAUGCUGGUGCACGGGGUGGGCGGCCGGGGCUACGGACUGGGGCUCACCGCCGUGUCUUCAGGCUGCUACCAAUGGAAGUUCCUCAUUGUGAAGGAGAACAAAGGCAACGAGGGAACGUGUGUAGGCGUCGCUAAGUACCCCAUCACGGAGUACACACAUCGCACGACUUCAGACAUGUGGCUCUAUCGGGCCUACAGUGGCAACCUGUACCACAACGGGGAGCUGCCGCUGUGCCUGCCCAGCUUCACGCAGGGGGACUACAUCACGGUGGUGCUGGACUUUGACGCCAGAACCCUCAGCUUCGGCAAGAAUGGCGAGGAGCCGCGCCUGGCCUUCGAAGACAUCAACGCCACGGAGCUGUACCCCUGCGUCAUGUUCUACAGCACCAACCCGGGGGAGAAGGUGAAGAUGACGGACAUGCAGGUGCGCGGCACGCCACGGGACAUGCUGCCCGGGGAGCCGCAGUGCGCGCCGCUGUCGGCCGUGCUCGCAGAGUCCUACAUCGCCCUGCUGCGCAAGCUGUUCAACCACAGCGGCUGGAGCAAGCAGGUGAAUGACUGCUUGUUGGAAAGGUUGUCACAGAUGAAAGAAUUUUUACCACCUCCACAUUGCAAGGAGAAAGAUAGUGUCAAUGAUGAUAUUAAACAAGAAAGGAAAGGUGUUGAUGAGAACUCUAUAUUAGAAGAAAAUAAAGAACACAGUGGUAUCAAAGAUGGCGUUGAGGAAAAUCUGAAAAAUGAAUCUGCUCCAGACACGUUCAGCACUGAAGACCAUCUGAGUGGGAUGGAUCUGGAAGCACUCUGCAAAGAGGUGUGGCCGGCGCUGGCGGUGAUGGGCGGGGUGGACCGCGGGCUGCGCGUGGGAGGCCAGUGCCUGCACCGGCCGUCGGGACGCCGUGCCACCGUGCUGGGCACGCUGAAGCAGGGCCUGUCCUCCGUCAAGCUCCAGUGGAGCGACAUGGACGGCAGCAUCAGUGACGUGCCUGUGAACUCCGUGGAGCCUGUCGACCAGUUGCUCUUCAACGCGAACAAGCUGGACGGACUGACGCCCGACAUCGUGCAGAACUUGACUCGGCUCAGCGGGCUCACGGGAGAAUUCCCGUUCCCGGUGUGCGAGCUGACGUCCGCGGAGCUGGAGCUGGUGAGCAGCCACGGCCAGCUGAAGCGCCGCCACUCGUCCUUCACGCCGGAGACGAGCGCGGGCGAGGCCGCCGCCCACCGCCACUCGAACCGCACCGUCGAGUCCCUCACCAACGAGAUAGUGUCCCUCAUCAUGGACACGGUGACGCGGCGCGGGUCCGUCGGCGUCGGCGAGAGCGAGAGCGAGGGUUCCGUCAGCGCGGGCGAGUCGAGCAAGGACGACGAGGCGAUAAGAGCCACCAAUCGUAAACUUCUCGAGUGUGAAGUGAAGUGUGUCCAGCUCGCGUUCCUCCAGUUCUCUUCGCUCAAGUCUCUGGCUGCUGUUCUGGGCUGCGAGAAGUACGGCGAGUUGCUGCUGGUUCCGAAAAGGCCCUCGGAGAAGGAAAAGCAAAAUGACGGUUCACCCAAAGAAAUUGAGAAGAAAGAUGAUGACUUUUCGAAAGAUGGCAACGAAGGCAGGGACGAAGAAAAGCUGCGACAGGUUCUUCAGCAUUUGGUUAGGUGCCUGGUGGACCAGAGCGUGGAGCCGUGCAAGCUGCCGCAGCUGGCGACCACCGGCGACAUGGAGCGCGUCCACACCGUCCUGCACGCCCUGUGCACGCGCGCCAAGGCCGAGGAGGGGUUCCGCAUCUCGGAGACGGAGACCGAGAUCCGCAGCCUCACCCGCUCCCGGGACGCAGAGACGGCCCGGGACGCCGCCGUCGCCGCCGCCGCGGCCGCCAUCACCACCGGCCAGCACCAGCAGGACCGCGGCGCCACCGCCCCGCACAACGAGCUCCAGCCGGCGCCCUCGUCGCUCCUGCGCAUCGUGCGCCGCAUGUCAUCGCUGGUGCCGCCGUCGUCGCUGCCGCUCGCCUCGGCCCUCAGCAGCUUCUCCGAGUUCACCUCCCCGCAGCUGACCCCCGCGGCGGGGGCCGGCGGCUCCAACCGCGCCACGCCGCAGUCCGCCCCGCUGCUGCAUGUGUCGGCCCGCCUUCGCACGCCCUCGCCGCCCCCGCCGCCCAUCGCCGCCCCGCUCAUGGAGAUGGGCUUCUCCCUGAAGCACGUGCAGAAGGCGCUGUACGCCACAGGCAGCACUGGAGAUAUGUCGGCACACACGAUCAACCAGCUGGCCACGUGGAUGAUCGAACAUCCCUGUAUCGAUGCAGAGCAGCAGGAGGAAGAAUCAUCUGACGAUCAUGAAGAAGAAGAAAAUGCAUCAUCCUGCUCUACUCGGAGCCACAACUGGUUCUGCCGGCCCUACUCCAGGCGCGGCUGCCACACCAACUCGGUGGGAUCCGUCUUCCUGGGCCGAGGCCGGGCCGCCAUCCGUAGCGAGCUGCUGUUCGAGCAUCUGUCCAACAUCCUCGACACAGUCCCGCAAGAUGUGGAGCACCAGGGCGCAUGGCCCGAGACGCAGCCGUCGUUCCGCCCGGUGCUGGCAGAGGCUCGUGACGGGACGCAGCACCACGGGGCAUCGGUGGCGGGCACCGGCCCGCAGACAUGUCACCUCUGCCACGCCACCACGCAGCACCUGAGGACGCACUUCCUGACCGUGCACCCUGGCUGCAACACCAAGUUCGACGAGGCUGCCUUCUGCGGCUUUGUCACCGGGAGCUACUACCACCUGUGCCCCUCGUGCCACUCGAAGCACCGCAAGUCCAAGAAGCCGGUGUCCCCGGGCGUGCACCCCAGCGACUACGCCCAGCAGCUGGCCCCGGACCUCAUGUCCAGCUCGCACGUCGUCGAGGAAGAUGCUACGAUGAUGACGAUCCCAUGCCUGAGCACCAGCGAGGACAUAGACAUGGAGCUGCAGGAGUUCUACGUUCCGCUCCUGAAAGUCAUCAACUCCCGCAUGCACGACAACUUUGAGUUCACGGAGCCAGACCCGCUGGGUGCGAGUGUGGUUCCCGUUGUUGCUAUGGUCGCCGCUGGGUCAGGCAAGGACAGCGGCGGGGACAGCGGGCGCAGGACCCUCGGGGAGCAGGCGCAGCUGCUGGCGUCGUCGCGCGACCGCGUGGCGGCCCUGCGGAGCGCGGCGGAGGCGGCCCGGGUGCUGGGCGCCCGCUCGGCCGUCACGGGCGCGCUGGCGCUGCUGUCGGCGAGCCGCGCGUCCUGCGACCUGCCGGCGGGUCUGCGCGCCGCGGGGCUGUGCGACGCGCGCAGGCUGGUGCGGCUGAUGGGACUGACGGCGGGCGGCCGGGUGGAGCUGGGGGCGGACCUGCGCGCCGCCGGCGGGGAGGCCUGCCCCCGGGACCAGCUGCUCGGCGGCGGCUUCUCGGAGCUGGCGAGGCACCUGCCCGCGCCCGCCGCCGCCUGCCUGCGGCACCUGAGCUGCGCCAUGGCCGCACUCGCGCGCUCCGACGCCGAGGCCACCCGGCUCGUCGUCCACAUGUGCACCCGGGAGCUGUUGUGUGCUGCUCUCGGCACGUCGCUGGUGAAGACCCAGUCGUCCAGCUUCUCCGUCAUCCAGGCUCUCGUGGGGCUUCUAGCGUCGCACGGGGGCGUCUCCCUGACGGAGCACGGCAAGGAAGAGACACCUGGACGGGACGGCAACGAAAAUGGCAGUGGCAACGGCAACAGGAAUGGCAACGGCUCCUUGCUGCUGGCCAAUGCCCUGUCUGCGUGCGUGCUGUCCAGCAAGCUGCGGCCCGCGCAGCGCCAGUGGGCCGCCCAGCAGCUGGUGAAGUGCGUGGCCUCACGGCUCACGGCACCGCCCCAGCAGACGCUGCAGCAGACGAACAUGGCCGACCUCUCCGCGACCUUGCUGCCCUGCAACGUGGCCGAGCUGCAGGGCCACGACAACUGCGUCACGGCGGCCGACUGGCAUCCCAGCCGCGCCCUGCUGGCCACCGGGGGCUACGACGGCACGGUGCGGGUGUGGAACGUGCUGACUGCGAGCCAGGAGCACAUGCUGGUGUUCCACAAGUCGGAGGACGUGUUCGGCAGCGAGCUGGCGGGCAGGCUGAUAGGCCAGGCCAAGUGGGACUCCUCGGGCCAGCUGCUGGCCGCCUGCAUGGACAAUGUGGUCAACAUCUGGCACGCCGUGCGCUCAGAGGGGAACUGCAUCUCGCUGGUGCUGAAGGAGUGCCUGGUCCAGCCGGCGGCGGUGUCCGUGUUGGCCUGGCCGGACAACUCGGAGGAGGACUACCCCUUCCACCUGCUGGUGGGCAUGACGAGCGGGUCCGUCGCGCUGCUGUCGAUCCGCGCCGACGGCGUCAAGGCGGAGGAGCUGCCGCACUGCUCGAACGCGUUCGCACCUGUGGUGAAUAUCACAUGGUUUGAUGAAGACACAGAAUUUGCAGUUGGAUUUGCUGAUGGAUCCAUGAAGAUAGGAAGAAGGCAUUCCAGCUUCCAGUCCCUUGGGAUCCUUGCCCACCAGGGCGCGCUGACGUGCGUGCGGUGGGACCCGCGCGGGGAGCUGGUGGCGACGUGCGGCGCCGACCGGCUGUGCUGCACCUGGCGCAAGAGCGCCGACGGCUGGACGUGCAUCCACAUGCUGGUCCUCUCCGACGAGCCGGUGUCCAUGGCCUGGUCCCCCGUCAUCGGGAAGGGCAGCAGCCCGUGGCUGCUGUGCUUCGGGACGGCCGGGGGCAGCGUGAGCGUGUGGACGCUGCCCGGGUGUGCGGGGGAGUUCCGCGAGCCGGCCAGGCAGGUGUUCCACCUCCGCGGCCACUGCCACUACCCCGUCACCUGCGUCGCCGUCGACAACGGGGGGCUGAUGCUCGCCUCAGGCUGCUUCAAGAGCUGCACCGGCAUAGUGAACAUCUGGUCGCUGCAGGACGGCUUGCUGCUGCAGACGCUCACGGGCGGAGGGGGGGUGCACUCCCUCAAUUGGCUGAGCAACAUCGGCCUCGCCGUGUGCUUCAGGCAUUCCAAGAACGUGCUGGUGGCCCACUACACGGCCCACAACCUGCACAAGGACCGCGCGCUGGCGCGGGCGCGCGCCUCGCUGCUGCAGGCGGGCGUGCAGGGCCUGGGGCGCGCGCCCUGCCUGCGCUUCCUGCUGUGCCGGCUGCCGGCCCUGCUGCAGCAGCAGCUGCAGCACGAGAAGCCGGCGGUGGCGGGCGGGGAGCAGCUGCUCCACUCGCGGUUCCUGCGCUGCCUCGCCGCGCUGGCGCUGGCGCUGCAGCUGGACCGCACGCUGUGCCGGCGCGCCUGCGCGCCCAACCAGCUGUGCCGACCCGCCGUCGUGCCGGAGUGGCAGUGGCUGCACGCCCUCAGCAUCGGCGUCCACACGGCGAACGCGCUCGUCAACAGGACCGAGUUCCUUCCAGAGUUCCUCGAUGUUGCACUCGACGACGAAGCGGAGAGCAGCGCCAGCAGCAACAGCGCGUGGAGCCUGAAGGCGGAUGAGCAGAUCAUGCAGUGGGUGACGGAGCGACCUCACGACUGGCAGAUAGGCGGCAAGUGCUACACCUUCCUGUGGGGCAGCGGCCGCCACGGCGAGCUGGCCGAGGCCGGCCGCAGCUGCCUCACGCCGACGCUGACGGACACGUUUUCCGCCGCCCAGCAGAUAGUGUGCGGCCAGAACUGCACCUUCGUCAUCCAGUCGAACGGGACGGUCCUGGCUUGUGGGGAAGGGAGCUACGGUCGGCUGGGGCAGGGAAACUCCGAUGACCUCCACUCUCUGAGCAUCAUAUCGUCCCUGCAAGGGUUCGUGGUAAUCGCGCUCGCCACGUCGUGCGGCUCGGACGGCCACAGCCUGGCACUGGCGGAGAGCGGGGAGGUGUUCUCGUGGGGCGACGGCGACUACGGCAAGCUGGGCCACGGCAACAGCGACCGGCAGCGCCGGCCACGCCAGAUCGAGGCGCUGCAGAACGAGGAGGUCGUGCAGGUGGCGUGCGGCUUCAAGCACAGCGCGGUGGUCACGGCGGACGGCAAGCUGUUCACGUUCGGGAACGGGGACUACGGCCGCCUGGGGCUGGGCACGACGGCCAACAAGAAGCUGCCCGAGGCGGUGGGCGCGCUGGCCGGCCAGAAGGUGGGGCAGGUGGCGUGCGGCCUGAACCACACGGUGUGCGUGUCCGCCGACGGCAGCGUGGUGUGGGCGUUCGGCGACGGGGACUACGGCAAGCUGGGCCUGGGCCACACCGCCACCAAGUCGUCCCCGCAGAGGGUGGAGGCCCUGAACAACGUGGGCGUGAAGCAGGUGUGCUGCGGCACGCAGUUCACCGUGUUCCUGACGCUGGACGGGCGGGUGUUCACCUGCGGCCAGGACCAGUUCAUCGCGCAGCCCGAGUCGCGCGCCCGCAUGCACACCAAGCCCCAGCAGGUGCUGUCCGUUUCGUCACACUUUGUGGAGCAGAUAGCUGUUGGCUCGGAGCACAUCCUGGUACUUACGUCCACGGGAGACGUGAUUGGCUGGGGAAACAACAGUGAUGGCCAGUUGGGUCUCGGCCACACGGUCACUGUGCGUGAACCAGAAAUCCUGCCCGGCUUGUCGGGGAAAGGAAUCAAGCAGAUAUCGACGGGGCGCACGCACAGCGCUGCGUGGACGUCUCCGCCGGCGCCGAGGCGUGUCCCGGGAGCGCCGGUGCCCCUCAGGGUGGGCCUGCCCUCCUACGUCCCGCUCAAGUACGGCCACCUGCAAGGACUCGGCAUCAACGCCAUACAGUCGCGCCUCAAGCUACUGCAUCACUUCUCCGACAUCCUGUACGCCUGCUGGCGGCUGCUUCCCCUCUCCCCGCAGGUGGACUGGCUGACCCCGUCGAUGCGGGUGUUUACCUCGUCGCAGUUGCGCGUGCUGCUCGCGCCGCGCGUCUACACGCUGCCGCUGGUGCGCAGCAUGGGCCGCACCAUGGUGCAGGGACGCAACUACGGCCCGCAGGUCACCGUGCGCCGGAUAUCCACGCGCGGCAAGCGCUGCAAGCCCAUCUUCCUGCAGGUCGCGCACCAGGUCAUCAAGAUGAAGCCCGCCGACCUGCGCCUGCCCUCGCGCGCCUGGAAGGUGAAGCUGGUCGGCGAGGGGGCGGACGACGCGGGCGGGGUGUUCGACGACACCAUGACGGAGAUGUGCCAGGAGCUGACCAGCGGCGCGGUGUCGCUCCUCGUGCCCACGCCCAACGCCGCCAGCGACACGGGCUACAGCCGGGACCGCUUCCUGCUCAACGCGGACCUCGGCUCGCAGCAGCACCUCGCCUGGUUCAAGUUCCUGGGUAUCCUGUUCGGGGUGGCGGUGCGGACCAAGAAGCCGCUGGCGGUGCCGCUGGCGCCCAUCGUGUGGAAGAUGCUGGUCGCGGAGCCAGUGUCCGUCGACGACCUGGAGGACUGCGACUGCCUCUACGUGCAGAGCCUCAAGGGCAUCCGCGACAUCCACCUGUCGGGCGUCACCGAGGAGAACUUCCACGAGGUGAUCCCGCUGGAGUGCUUCGAAGGCAUGAGCUCGACGGGCCGGCUGGUGCCCAUCGUGCCGGGGGGCCGCAGCAUUCCGCUCUCCUUCCACAACCGGCUGCAGUACGUGGAGGAGGCCAUCCGCUACCGCCUGCACGAGAUGGACCUGCAGGUGGCGGCAGUGAGGGAGGGCAUGUCCUGGAUCGUCCCGGUGCCGCUGCUGUGCCUCGUCACGUCGCAGCACCUGGAGCAGCUCGUGUGCGGCCUGCCCCACAUCUCCAUACAGCUGCUGAAGAGGGUCGUCCGGUACCGGGAGCUGGACGAGAACCACUCGCUGGUCAAGUGGCUGUGGGAGAUCCUGGAGAGCUUCAGCAACACGGAGCGGGUGCUGUUCAUGCGCUUCGUGUCGGGCCGCUCGCGGCUGCCCGCCAACCUCGCAGACCUGUCGCAGCGCUUCCAGGUGAUGAAGGUGGACCGCGCGGCGGACGGCCUGCCCACGGCGCAGACAUGCUUCUUCCAGCUGCGCCUGCCGCCAUACAGCAGCCGGGAGGUGAUGGCGGAGCGCCUGCGCUACGCCAUCGACAACUGCCGCUCCAUCGACAUGGACAACUACAUGCUGGCUCGCAACGCCGACGCGGCGCGCGCCUCCGACGACGAGUACUGAGAGCCCCGCCGAUCCCCGCGCCCGCGCCUAUUUAUUCCUCUCGGACACGCGCCGUCAUUCCUAAACCGUCGAUUCCUCUAGUUCAGUUUCCAAGCUUGUACAAAACGCCAUAUGAAAUUAUAUUUGCAUUAAACAUGUUUGUGUUUUACGUUAUUUGUAAACUGAGCAUUUAUAUAAAAAAAUACACACCAGUUAUAUUGGACACAAAAUAAUAAAUAUCUCUACAAUUAUUCCUCUCGGACACGCGCCGUUAUUCCUAAACUGUUGAUUCCUCUAGUUCAGUUGGAAGCUUGUACAAAACGCCAUAUGAAAUUAUAUUUGCAUUAAACAUG